AUGAGACUCGCCCACCUCCACCUCCCACACACCACGCCCUUCGCGCGAGUGUCCAGCCUCCAACAAGCCCUCACGAGCCGCUUCCUCACACACAAAAAGCUCACCUCCCCGGGCUCCCUACCCUCGCAAAAAGACAUCAAGACCAAUCUCCCGGGUCACGCACACCUGCCACCGCCAGACCCAACCAUCAUCACGUUCACCCCAAACCCGGUCUACACAACCGGUCGUCGCGAUCUCCCACCCUCAAAUACCUGUCCCAAUUCACCAACAACCCACCUCUCCCUCCCACCACCCCUCGAACCAAUCCGCUCCAUCCUCACACCUUCCAGCUCCAAUGGCCCCAAAGCAGAGUACCACCCCACCCUCCGCGGCGGCCAAACAACGUACCACGGCCCAGGCCAAAUGGUCGCAUACACGAUCCUGGAUCUCCGCCGAUUGGGGCUAACACCCCGGUGCCAUAUCCGUGUUCUGGAGAAUAGCGUCAUCGAUGUACUAAAACGGUACGGCGUGAACGGAUUCACGACUGAGGAUCCGGGCGUCUGGGUUCAAGACCCUGCUUCUUCUGCUGGGCCGAUGCCAAAGAAGAUCACAGCUGUGGGCGUGCAUCUGCGGCGCAAUAUCAGUAGCUUUGGGGUGGGGCUGAAUGUUACGCAGGAGCCCAUGUGGUUCUUCAAGCAGAUUGUUGCGUGUGGGCUGGAGGGGAAGGAGGUUACUAGUUUGGAGGGGGUUGGGGUUAAUGGGGUGACUGUUGAUGAGGUUGCUAGUGAAUUUGUGGAAAGGUUUGUUGAGCGGGUUAAUCGAGAUUUUGCUUGUGGGGAUAAGACUGGAGAGAAGAUUGAUGAGGUCUAUCAAGUUCAGGAGGAGGACUUGAUGAGGUGUUUAUAG